GAACGACACUUCACGCAAACGCAUUAAGUCCCGUUUUCCCGUUUCUCUCAUAUUCUUUCAUAGUUCACAACUUAUCGCAUUCCACCUUCCAGAACAGGCCUGAAACGCCCAACUACUUGGAGUAUUUUCGCAACCUCAUCACUCAGCUGUUUGACUGCGCCUUGUUGUCGGCGAACACGUCCCAGAUGCGGUCUCUCACCGACCUCAAUACUCGAGGGAUCAAGGUCGCAUAUUUCUACCCCGCCCUCGUCUUAAUUAUACUAUCUUUUAGCCUGCAGUUCACAUUCACCGUCUGCGUAUUGAUGAUCAGGCGUAGCAAGAAUAAGGACGAGCACGAUGGCAACGACCCCGACUUGGUCCUAAACAGACGCCGGCGGCGCCUGAGUGAGAAUAACAUCGACACAGUCUGCUUUAUCCUGCAAAUGGCCAUCGUCAUAGUUAACAUAGGGAUCGCAUGUGUUGGCAUUGAGCCUGAAAGGGGCGGGGAAAAUAUGGUCAAGGUCGUUGGUGAUGUUCAUAAUUGCACGCAGAUGGUGGCCACUACCGUGCAACCAUAGGAAAUAGGUUUAUAUUGUUGUUGGUUAUUUGCUUGUGUAUUAUAUAUUGUUUUUUUGUUUUUUUUCAUUGUUUUUAUGUUGUUUUUUAUUAUCGUGUUGUUUUAGCCUCAUGUUGCUGUUGUUGUUGUUUUAUUUAAUUUCUUAUUCCUAUGCAGUUUCGAGUUUUUUGUAAUGAACAAAUAUAUUUGAAUGCAACAAAGCAAAAUGUAAUGUUGACAGUGUAACAUAAAGUCGGUUAAUAUUAGAAUUGACCUUAGUUUUGAUUGUUGUUUCUGUACUGUUGUUAGUUGGAUAUGUAAAAAUGUAACGUUUAAUCACAAAAUUGUGUCGGACGUUCAUAAUGUGUUCAUUGAUGUGUGCAUACCCAAUCAAGUGUUUAUUGAUAUGCAGAAUAAAAUUAAUUAUAUGAUAAACAUCAAAUAAAAACUCAUAUUUCAGACUAUAA